GACAUUUCUGGAGCUCCAAAACAAUAAUUUAAUACCGCACCACCACUCCUCGCUCCCUCUAUAACCAUUCUCCUCCUCCUCCGCCCCUUUCAAUUCCCAAUUCCAUCAAUUUCUCUCAUUCGCCAUCACAGCCGCCAUGGUAAGCACCACCACCGGAACCAACAAAACCGCCUGCGAAGAGCCCAGACCCAUACCCGCAUUCCCCACAAAGCACAAGCUCAGCCCCGCCUCCGACCAGCUGCCCGGGAUUAGCAAUGCGCUCGAAGAUUCGUUGUCCGGUUGCCGCCGCGCACGGCUGCCGGAGGUGCACCGCAGGACCCAGUUUAAGAAGGUAGUAGGUAAUUCGAUGAAGGGGAGCGAUAGUAAUGAUGAAGGGGAAGAGGCCGCGGCCGCGGCCGCGGAUGAGAAAGCGGAGGUGGAGAAGAAGAUCUUGGCCCUCCAAAGGAUAGUCCCCGGCGGGGAGUCUCUGGGAGUUGAUAAGCUGUUUGAAGAGACGGCCGGUUACAUACUGGCAUUGCAGUUUCAGGUGAAGGCGUUGAGAGCUGUUACUAGCUUCGUUGAAGGGUCAGAAAAGGAAAAGAGAAAACUCGGUGGCUGAAAUUUUUAAAUAUCAAAACUUCUGGGCGCCCAUCGAAAUCUUUAUGUCUUUUUGAAUGAUCUACGAUCCCACGUAUAGAGUCGGUCCAUCCAAGAAUUUUCUUUGGAUUUUCGGUACAUCUUGUUUUUUUCUUCUUCUUCUUCUUCAUUAAUUACAGACCAUUUUUUUUUUUUUUUUUGAAUUUUGAAUUUGGGAUCUGGGUUUUGGUUAUAUUUUCUUGUUUAUUCAUUAGUUAAUGUGAAUACAGAGUUCAUCGAAGAUGAGAAAAAUAGGGUUAGAGGAUGCACUAUGGUGUUGUAGGAAUGAAUUUCAUAUUUUAUACAUCCUUUUUUCCCCUAAA